UUUUUUUUUAGACUACGUGUCUAAGCAAAGAAUGUGUCGUUGCAUUUAGGAAUCGGGACAUGAAUCGGACGCCAAAGAUGCUGAACAGCAAGGUGGCUGGCUACAGCAGCCUGAUAACCUUCGCCAUCCUGCUAAUUGCCUGGCUGGCCGGCUUUUCCUCUCGUCUCUUCGCCGUAAUCCGCUUUGAGUCGAUAAUCCAUGAGUUUGAUCCGUGGUUCAAUUACCGGGCCACCGCCUACAUGGUGCAGAAUGGAUGGUACAACUUCCUCAACUGGUUCGACGAGCGGGCCUGGUAUCCACUGGGCAGGAUUGUCGGCGGCACGGUGUACCCUGGCCUGAUGAUCACCUCCGGCGGAAUCCAUUGGCUGCUGCAUGUGCUCAACAUUCCGGUCCACAUUCGCGACAUCUGCGUGUUCCUGGCACCGGUCUUCAGUGGCUUGACCUCCAUCUCCACAUAUCUGCUUACGAAGGAACUGUGGUCUGCUGGAGCCGGCCUGUUCGCCGCCAGUUUCAUCGCCAUCGUGCCCGGCUACAUCAGCAGAUCCGUGGCCGGAUCGUAUGACAACGAGGGAAUCGCCAUCUUCGCCCUCCAGUUCACCUACUUCCUGUGGGUGCGCUCCGUGAAGACGGGCUCCGUUUUCUGGUCCGCCGCCGCUGCCCUGUCCUACUUCUACAUGGUCUCCGCCUGGGGUGGCUACGUGUUUAUCAUCAACCUGAUCCCGCUGCACGUCUUCGUGCUGCUCAUCAUGGGCCGCUACUCACCGCGCCUGCUGACCAGCUACAGUACCUUUUACAUCCUCGGACUGCUCUUCUCCAUGCAGAUCCCCUUCGUGGGAUUCCAGCCGAUUCGCACCAGCGAGCACAUGGCUGCCCUGGGCGUCUUUGUGCUCCUGAUGGCCGUGGCCACCUUGCGGCAUCUGCAGUCCGUGCUGUCGCGUCACGAGUUCCGCAAGCUGUUCAUCGUCGGCGGACUGCUGGUGGGCGUUGGCGUCUUCGUGGCCGUCGUAGUGCUCACCAUGCUGGGUGUUGUGGCUCCCUGGAGCGGACGUUUCUACUCGCUGUGGGACACUGGGUAUGCCAAGAUCCACAUUCCCAUCAUUGCCUCCGUGUCGGAACAUCAGCCGACGACCUGGUUCUCGUUCUUCUUCGAUCUGCACAUCCUGGUCUGCGCCUUCCCCGUUGGCGUGUGGUACUGCAUCAAGCAGAUCAACGAUGAGCGCGUCUUCGUGGUCCUUUACGCCAUCAGUGCUGUCUACUUUGCCGGCGUAAUGGUGCGUUUGAUGCUGACCCUCACGCCUGUGGUAUGCAUGCUGGCUGGAGUGGCCUUUUCGGGCCUGUUGGACGUCUUCCUGCAAGAGGAUUCGUCUAAGCGCAUGGGCACAGCUAUAAGCACGGCCACCGAAACGGACGAAGCCGAGGAUUCCAUUGAGAAAAAGACUCUGUACGAUAAGGCUGGAAAACUGAAGCACCGCACUAAACAUGAUGCCCAGCAGGACACUGGCAUCAGCUCGAACCUGAAAAGUAUUGUUAUUUUGGCCGUUCUCAUGCUUCUGAUGAUGUUCGCUGUUCACUGCACCUGGGUAACCAGCAAUGCAUACUCCAGCCCCUCCAUUGUGCUUGCUUUCCACAACAGCCAAGAUGGGUCUCGCAAUAUUUUGGACGACUUCAGGGAGGCAUACUACUGGCUCUCCCAGAACACCGCUGAUGAUGCCCGGGUUAUGUCGUGGUGGGAUUACGGAUACCAGAUAGCAGGGAUGGCAAACAGAACCACUCUGGUGGACAAUAAUACGUGGAACAAUAGUCACAUAGCGCUCGUUGGCAAGGCAAUGUCUUCGACCGAGGAGAAAUCCUACGAAAUUAUGACCUCUCUUGACGUGGACUACGUCCUGGUGAUCUUUGGCGGUGUGAUUGGCUACUCUGGCGAUGACAUCAACAAGUUCCUCUGGAUGGUGCGAAUCGCCGAAGGCGAGCAUCCCAAGGAUAUCAAGGAGAGUGAUUACUUUACGGACCGCGGUGAAUUCAGGGUGGAUGCCGAAGGUGCUCCGGCUCUACUCAACUGCCUUAUGUACAAAUUGAGCUACUACAGAUUCGGGGACUUAAAACUGGACUACAGAGGACCAUCGGGAUAUGACCGCACUCGUAACGCAGUCAUCGGCAAUAAAGACUUUGACCUGACCUACCUGGAAGAGGCCUAUACAACGGAACACUGGCUUGUUCGCAUCUAUAGGGUUAAGAAGCCGCACGAGUUCAAUAGACCAUCUCUGAAAACCAAAGAGAGAACGAUUCCUCCAGCAAACUUUAUCUCUAGAAAGAACUCGAAGCGUCGCAAGGGCUACAUAAGAAACCGACCGGUUGUUGUUAAGGGAAAGCGCACCUUGAAAUAAACCCAAAUAAUACUUGUAUUGAUCUUUCACCAAUAUAUAUGUAAAACCUGGUUAAAACACUACACAUAGCACAUCGUUUGGUGAAAGUGUGUCCACCGCAUCCUCAUGUUGAGGGCUUUAAUCGCCGCCUCAAAAUCAAAUUAAACAUAUUCCCCGACUCGUCUGACACAGAUUUUAUCGAGUUGCUUCUUUGAUGAAAUUCCCGGUUCCUUCGAUUUAAUUGUUUCGCGGCUCCACCACAUUCGUUGUCUUAAGCUAGCAAUUCAAUAAAGCAGAGUGUACAUUUUUAAACCUUA